UCGGUAGACAUCGUGGGACACCAUGUAUGAUUAUUUUAUAUAAUCAGUACAAUAAAUACCAAGGAUUAUUACAUAAAGGUGUUGGUAUAAGAAUCGUCACAUAUAAAAUAGAACCAUGCAUAACAAAUUUAAGUAUAAGUGGUAAAGUGAAGGGCUAAGAAUUUUCUACCGUAUCUAUCAGCAGCAACGUUGCGAAAAUACAGCUUUCGACUCUGGUGAUUUUUCAACUUCGAGCGGAGAAAAAAGUCACAAGGACUCAAGUCAGGCGAAUGAGGAUAGACUUCUCCAGCCGCAGGGAUGUUUUUACUGGC